GCGAAUGUCUUUGUGCCAUAAAUACAUUACAUAUACAAGGAUAUAUGUGGUUUAUAAUGAAACAGUACGGAAUAUAUAUUCAGAUUGUUUUUAUUUCCAUUAACCAAAAGCAACAUGCUUUAUAAAGGGUAUCGGCAGAUAGGAAGUAGAAGUUGACAAUUAUGGCAGGUCACAGACAAAGUCUAGCAUGCGUGCUGAUCUUCACCUUUCACUCUGUCGUAGGUGAUAACUGUUGGAUCGCCCGAACUGGACAGACAGAAUGGUGUAACGGAUACUGUUGUGACACGCCUAACAAAGGAUGGGGUUGCUGCUGUGAUGAAGGCGACGAUGUUCAGACGAUCGUGCUAGGCCUUUUUGCCCUUUUGCUUUUGGCGUUUGGGAUUAUUCUCUGUGUCAUCAAGGUUGUUAUAUGUUACUUAGGGGGAGAUAUAUACGUCCAUGUGCACAGAAAGAUCGAACGGAGCUUAGUGAAAUGGAGAAGGGGAAAUGAUGAACUGCAUUUACGUAAAAUUUCCGAGGAAAAACGAUUGCGUCGUCUCUUCAAAGAAAGAGUUUCUGGCACGUCUGAUGAGGAAUGGCGAAAAAUGGCAAUGUUAUACGGCAUGCAAGAGGAAGGAGACGACGAAAUGGGACACGAACUAUCGUGUUUGUGUUGUAAUAGAUAUCGUGUUUCAUUCGGCAAAGUCUAGGGGUGUUUCAUAUCAAACUGUAUAGGAUGAAGAAAGUAAAGUGAAUGUUUGCCAUUAUUUAAGAGAUAUAUAUUUAUACUCCUAUUUUAACAUGAGAUCAUUAAAAGAUUUUUUUUUGACUUAAAACUUUGUGGGGAUGACCUUUUCAUUAUUUAGGAUACAUCUUGUAUUUACAUGCAUAGAGGU